UGAUAUGUUCUCACUAUUAAAACCAUAUUAUAUUAAGAGAAAUAAUCUUGAAAAUGGGGGCCAAGUUUGGUUUCGUGAUGCUACUGUGCGUGGUUGCAUUAUUUGCAACCCAUGCCGAGGCAGUUGUAUCGUGUGGUCAGGUGCAGAGUGGGCUGUCACCAUGCCUGGGGUUUCUGCAGGGGCGUGCACUGGCUUCACAGUGCUGCCCAGGAGUGAGGUCGGUUGUCGCGGCCGCCAGAACCCCAAACGACCGCCGCACAGCCUGCAGGUGCUUGCAGGCAGCUGCCAAAUCUAUGAGGAACAUCAAUUAUGGAAAUGCUGCUAUGCUUCCAGCCAAAUGCGGGGUCAAAAUUCCAUUCCAGAUUAGCCCAAAUACAGACUGCUCUAGGGUUGGGUGAUUUGGAGUUGGUACGUAGAGCUGCAUGCUACGUAUACGUACGUGAGUGCAACUAAUUGAGAAUAAGAAGAUGGAUUGUUGAUCCAAGUAGUAGAGAAACAGAAGAAACCCCACUCCCAGCUACCUACUGGGAAUUUCUGCUUUCUCUUUUGCAGUUUAUCAUUUCCCUUAGCCGCCGCUAUGUAUGUAUGUAUGUAUGUAUGUACGUAUGGACGUACCUAAAUUGUAAAACCAAUAAUAUAUAUAAAGAGUCGUAAGCUACUUUCCGUGGUGAUUU